ACAUACCCAAGAAUCUCCGGUGAUCACGAGCAGAUACUGAUCUCUGAGGUUCUCUAAUAUGAGCGUGCACAACGAUGUCCGUCAGCCCGCAACUACGAGCUGGUCUCCCACCCCCCAAGCUUUGCCAAUUUCCCUCCUUUUUCUGUAUCCCUCACAGAAUCUGGAAUGAUAAUUGUUCUGAACCGCCGGUAGAGGAUGCAUGUGGCGGACAGUCUUCACUCCACGCCUCACGUCUCCGCUCUUGGCAUUCUCCGCUACUUCUGGUUGUCGAUGCUCCGCCCAUGACUGUAUUUCGUGUAAUUUUCCCAAAAUUUACAGGCAGGGAGACUUUUUCGAAGUUGACCAGC